AUGCAGAUGCAGACUUCCCAAGAUGUUGCUCGCCGCAACCACCAUGCAAUUUCUUUGCUCCUCAAGGGUGCCUUUGAUGAAUCCCUUGUCCAUUCUCACACUGCCUUGAACACUAUGCAAGGCAUCAUUGAUCUUCCUCGCUGGGCGCCACCUGGAGCGGAUGAUGAUGCCAUGAAUCUCGACGACCAAGAAGAAGAACCUUUGUUGACACACAACGUCUGGAGCAUCGAGUUGUCUCCCGCCCAUGACUCGCUCCCGUUGGCAUACCAAGGAUCCGUGGCCUUUUUCAAUCGGGCACUGGCAUUUGAGUUUUCUUCUUCCGACGACAACGACGGUCAGUCAGAAGAGAAUACCUUUCAUCAAGACUUGACGUUGGCCGCCGUGGUCCUCUACAAUGCCGGUCUGUGCCAUCACGUCCGUGCCAUUCAAAGCGCCAAAUUCCAAACUCCAAGACUCCAAAAAGCGCUGCAAAUGUACACCAUGGCAUCUUGUCUCUUGUCGAAUGCUGCUUCUGCGAAUGAUAAUGACGACGACCUCCAAAAUAAUGACGCUGAAGACAACGAUCUCUUGAACUUUUGCAGCCGAGACGAAGGAGGUGCCCUGUUGGUCAUGGCCCUCCUCAACAACAUGGCUCAUAUUCAUGCAGUUUUUGCCGACCGGCACCUGGAAUCGGGGUGCAUAGAAGCCAUGAAUAGCUUUUUUGAAUCGUUUUGCAUGAGGAGGACCGACGAAGAGCUAGAGGUCACCCAGGAGGAUCUGUUGCUUCUGAAUAUGUCCUCGUCCCUCUACCAAGCAGAAAGCUUUGCCGGUUGUCCAGCGGCUUGA